AUGAGAAACGUCCCCACAAGUUGCUGGUUACAAGUGCCAACCCAAACUCAUCGCCGUCUCGGAGAUCUUCCACUUGAAAUCAUAUACAAUGUGAUGGGGCUACUCGGUUGGGAGGGCUCAACCUGUCUUGGCUUAACUUGUCCUGAGCUUUACGCUGCAUACAGAGCUCUAUACCCAUCAAAGGUGCCAUUACGAAGCCUGGUCGAUACAACUCUUCCUUUUCGAUUGUACUCAGUCACUAAGAUCGAAAUGACUCAAUUGUACCCACCAAUAAAACUGUAUAAGCUAGUUGGAAACUGGAGCGGGUUGAAAGAUCGAUAUUUCUUUUGGGAGGACGAUCUCUGUUGGAAAAAGGAGAACGCAGGGUAUUCCACGAGUAUGACAACGGCAUUGGAUGUCCCUUCGAGCGGUGUUCCAGAUCAUUUUCUUCUUGCCUCUGUGUAUGCAAACAAGAUCCAAAAUAUGAAGAUAUUGCAGGAAAGAUAUCAGGAUUAUGAAUUGACACGCACUGAUCGUACGAAUCGCACCUUGAUGGAUUAUGACGAGGAUAGUUCAGUUUAUUUGGGCUCAAAAGAGGCAACUUUACUCCUCCAAGCGAGUCGAAUCCCCUCUCCCUUCAACUUGGGGGCCGAAUGGGAUAGCAAAGCUAAGAAAGUAAUUGUGGAAAGCAUUAAUCUGGCCCCAUGCGCACUCUUUUGGCAAGUUUACUGGAAAUCCACAAAUAUCUGGCGACAAAAUGCCUUGUACUUUGAUAAGAAAUGGAAAUCUGCUGAGGCUGCGGAGAAAGCUUUGGACCACUUCCCAGAAUGGAUCGAAAUGAUCGGGUUUUGA